AUGGCCGAAGCUGGUUUUGGCGGCGUCGAAAUCGAGGAUGUCCACCACAGCACCAGUGAAGGUACUGAAUGGCACACUGACACCAACGGCUGGGCUUCCGAGCCCUGGUUAGACGCUGUCAAGGUUGCUCUUACCGAAGCCAACUCGCGUGGCAUGGGCCAUGACUUUGCCUUUGGGCCCGCCUGGCCGAUGGCAGUUCCGACUAUUGUCCCUGAUGAUGAGGCCGCAGCCAAGGAGCUUGUGCUUGGCAAAAGCAUUAUCAAUGCCACGACUACCUACAAUGGUUCUGUUCCGGGUCCUUUCUCCAAGAGAAAGGAUGGCGUCAAUGAGCAGGAACUAGUUGCUGUCCAGGCUUGGCGCAUUAGUCCAGAAUCUAAUCCAUACGGCAACCCGGUGUAUCUGGACUUCGGAUCCAUGGUCGACUUGACCGAUGCAGUGACGGAUGGCAAAGUCGCCUUCUCCCCUCCAGACAACUCUUCAUGGUUGCUCUUCGCCGCUAUCAUCCGUGGCACAGGGCAACAGCCCGAAGACUAUCCCCACACGACACCAGCCUCCUACGUCGUCGAUCACUUCAGCGAAGCUGGCGCUCAGGCCGUGAUUGACUUUUGGGAAGAUCAAAUUCUGACGCCGGAGAUGCUUGAACUCAUAGCCCAGACACCCACCUCGCUAUUUGAGGAUUCCCAGGAGAUGGUCUCUGCUACUUACUGGACACCCAACUUUGCCGACGAGUUCCUGUCUCGCCGCGGAUACAGCGUCACGGGUAUUCUCCCUGUCAUCACGCAGUACAAGAACAACGCCUAUCUCUUCCUGUUCAACGACUCGGAGGCGCAACGAGGAUCUCUUCACGACUAUCACGAGACCAUCACCGAUCUCUACGCCGACUAUCAUAUUGCGCUCCUCCGGAAGUGGCUGAACUCUCGCGGGAUGAAAUACAGGGCGCAGCCCUAUGGCAUCGACAAAUUGGACAGCAUGAGAAUCGCCACAGCGCUGGAUAUUCCAGAGGGCGAGUCUCUCGGGUUCCAAGUCAUUGACGAUUACCGCGUCUUAGCUGGGGCAAAUAGCUUCGCUGGUGUUAACGUCAUGUCGAACGAGCUGGGAGCUUACAACAAGGCCGCGUACGCAACUACAUGGGCCAAGAUUCUGGGCACCGUCAAUCCUCAGUUCGCCGCUGGCCUGACUCAUAAUGUUCUCCACGGGUUCUCAUAUAUCUACGGUCCGGAAACGUCAUGGCCAGGCUGGGGAGCCUUCACACCGUACAAAGGACGCAUCGGAUACUCCGAGUCGUGGGGUCCUCGUACUCCGACUUGGAUGCACGCUUCCGACUUCACAGCUUACAUGGGAAGGGCUUCCUACUUCACCUCGCAAGGUACUCCGAAGUAUGAUUGCGCUUUCUUUCGACAGAAUGGAGCUUCCGACGAUCACUACGUCGGCCCAUACUUCACCAGCGAGGGCGCUCAACUUGGAUGGACGACAACCUUGCUUGUUGUGGCAGAAGAUCCCGAUGCAGGCCAGGCUCAACUCACGCCCACAUCAGCCAGCAAGCUGAGAGACCUUGCAGAUGAAGGACUACCGAUGCUUUUCCUUGGCAACUGGACGUCACCAGGUUCUCUGGGUUUGUCUGAAGCUGGAUCUACUGGUGUCGCUACAGACGUCAAGCAUCUCUUGCCCUUGAGCAAUGUCGUGAACAUCGCCAACUCAAGCGACAUCCCCACUGGACUCGAGAAGCUUGGGUUAUCCCCAGCUGUCACCCACUCUGCGUUCCCGCUGAUUCACAUUCGCCGCGAAUAUGGCGACUUCGAUCUGUAUUUGUUCACUGCCAACUCGUCAUCAACGGGUGUGAGCCAAGAUGUCUCGCUGCCUAUCCGCCAUGAACAUGUGGCGCCGCUUGAACUUGACCCUUGGUCUGGCGAGGUCAAUCUGGCUGGCCAGUAUACCAUUGUGAACGGCCGGCUCAACAUUGGGAUGUCCCUCGAGCCACAACAGUCAAAGAUUCUCAUCGUCGCUCCAUCGUCGGCGGAUGUCGUACAUGUAGUGAAUUCCACUGCCGACUCCAUCUUCCGCAACAGCACAAGCGGGCAGCUCUUUGUUCGGAAUGGUGAAGCUGGAGAUCACACGAUUGUACUGAGCAAUGGUUCGCAACUUACAACAUCCUUCAAAGCUCCCCUGGCUGCAUUAGACCUCACGGAUUGGGCCUUGGAGGUUGAUGACUGGCAACCAGCAAAUGAGAACCCUUCAGACGACGUGGGGGAUAUCGUAGCGACUAAGUUCGUUCACCACAGUCUCAACCUGACUACACUUACUCCUUGGUCAGAUAUAGAUGGACUGCAGAAUGUCUCUGGGAACGCGACCUACUCGACAGAGUUCGUUCUUGGAACUGCGGAUGCACCAUACGGUUCUGACACAGGUGCAUACAUGGAGCUCGACAUGUUCCAGGGGUCUUUCAGGGCUAGGAUCAACGGGGAAGCACUAGGUACUCUCGAUCAAAUGGCUCAUCGCUUCGAGGUUAGCAAGUGGCUGCGAAAUGGCACUAACACCCUCGAGAUGGAGGUAGCUACAUCGCUGAUCAACCGGAUGAGGGCUUUUCAACCGCAAUACUAUGAGCAGUACGCGAGGCAGAAGUAUGGCUUGAAGUCUGUCACAAUCCGACCGUUCUCACAAGUAGCUCUUUAA